AAUUGUCCUGAUCCAAACAUCGAAGCAUUCAUCAACCAUCAUCCUUUCACCUUCAUCCUCAUCACCACUUCACCAAGCAAUACAAAAUCAAUCCCAAAAUGACCAUCUCCUACCCCCCCAACGUCCAAAAACUUCAAGACCCCACCUUCACCUCCCUCCUCGACAAACUCCGCGACCGCACUCUCAACCCCUCCUCCGUCCGGUCCCUAGUCCACGAAGCCUCGUCCACAAUCGCCCAAAACACCACCCUCAAGGCCCCCAACGACGAAACCCUCGCGAUCAUCGUGGUCCUGCGUUCCGGGCUCGCCAUGUUCGAGGGCUUCAUGAAGAAUGUCCCCUCCGAGGUAAAGACCGCCGUCUACCACAUGGGCAUCUUCCGUGACGAAUCGUCGCUCCAGCCGGUCGAGUACUAUAACAAGUUGCCGCAAAAGCCAGACCAUAUUAAGCAGGCGAUUGUGCUGGAUCCGUUGAUCGCGACGGGGGGUACGGCGGGUGCGGUGGUGGAUAUUUUGAAGGAGUGGGGAAUUGAUAAGGUUACGUUCUUGUCGUUGUUGUCGACGCCGGUUGGUCUCGAUCGUGCGGCGAAUGUGUGGCCGGAGUCGACGCAGUUUGUGGUCGGCGCGGUGGAUCCGGGGUUGGAUGAUAAGGGGUAUAUUGAGCCGGGGGUGGGAGAUAUUGGUGAUAGGCUGUUUGGGACGGCUUUUUGAUUAGAUGUGUAUUUGUUAGAGUC